AUGGACGAGCAAGCGGGGCCCGGCGUUUUCUUCAGCAACAACAACAACAACAACGCGCUGCUGCUGCCGCCGCCGACGGGCGGGCCCGGGCUGGAGCCGGGCGAGGCGGCGGCGGCCGCGGCGGCGGCUGCGGCGGGAGGCGGCAGUGGAGGGGUCUCCGCCGGCGGCACCGCCGCGCCGGUGUCGGCGUCGCGGGCACAGUACAGCGUGCCGGGCAUCCUGCAUUUCCUGCAGCACGAGUGGGGCCGCUUCGAGGCGGAGCGCGCCGAGUGGGAGGCGGAGCGGGCGGAGCUGCAGGCCCAGAUCGCUUUUCUUCAAGGUGAAAGGAAGGGGCAAGAAAAUCUGAAGAAGGACCUAGUGCGGAGAAUCAAAAUGCUGGAAUAUGCACUUAAACAAGAAAGGGCUAAAUAUCACAAAUUGAAAUACGGCACAGAAUUGAAUCAGGGAGAUAUGAAGCCACCGAACUAUGAUUCUGAUGAAGGGAAUGAAACAGAGAUUCAGCCACAACAAAAUAGUCAGCUAAUAUGGAAACAAGGACGACAGCUGCUAAGACAAUAUCUACAAGAAGUGGGUUACACUGACACAAUAUUGGAUGUGAAGUCAAAACAAGUACGAGCUUUAUUGGGCCUCUCAAGUGAUGCUUCAGAGAAGGAAAACAGAAAUCAAGAACCUAUGGUAAAUGGCACAGAGGGCCAAAUUAAAGAAAACGCUAUGAUUGGGAAGCCAGAAUUGACUGACUCUGCCUCUCUGCUAGAGACCUUCAAGUUCCUUGAAAAUGCAGCUGCAGACUUCAGUGAUGAAGAAGAUGAGGAGGAUAUUGAAGGACGAGAGAAAACAAUCAUUGAUACCGCAACAAUUGUAAGGAAAAGAGUGCUGUCUGACAGUAGUGAAGACAGAGAUACAGAAGAAGCUUUGAAAGAAUUUGACUUUUUGGUUACCUCAGAUGAAGGUGAUGGGGAAUCGAGAAGUUCAGGAGAUGGAACAGACUGGGAAAAGGAAGACCAAUGUCUCAUGCCUGAAGCCUGGAAUGUCGACCAGGGAGUAAUAACCAAACUCAAGGAACAAUACAAAAAGGAGCGCAAGGGGAAAAAGGGGGUGAAGAGAAAAACUGCCGAAGAUAUGUUUCAACCUCAAUCCUAUAUAAAACAGUCAAAACAGGGAUGUGGGAAAAUGAUGGAGCAAAGCACAGGGCCCAACAGGUCAAAGCUGCAAGAUAUGCUUGCAAACUUGAGAGAUGUUGAUGAUCUCCCUUCAUUACAGCCAUCUGUUGCACCUUCUUCUAGACCCAGUAGCUCAAGGCUGAUUGAACAUGAGAUAAACAGGACAGAUGAAGUGGAAGCUUUAACAUUCCCUCCUUCUUCAGGGAAAUCUUUCAUUAUGGGAACAGAUGAAACCCUUGAAAAUGAGCUGGGUCUUGGAGAGCUGGCUGGCCUCACAGUGGCCAAUGAGGCAGAUUCGCUGGCUUAUGAUAUAGGAAACAAUACGGAUGCACUGAGAAAGACUUGGAACCCCAAAUUCACAUUAAGAAGCCACUUUGACGGAAUAAGAGGUUUAGCUUUUCACCCAGUUGAGCCUGUGCUAAUAACAGCUUCAGAGGACCAUACAUUAAAAAUGUGGAAUUUACAAAAAACAGCCCCAGCAAAAAAGAGUGCUUCUCUUGAUGUAGAGCCAAUAUAUACCUUCAGAGCACACAGUGGGCCAGUGCUUUGUGUGGUGAUGAGCAGUAAUGGUGAGCAGUGUUACAGUGGGGGAACUGAUGGCCUCAUCCAUGGCUGGAAUACAACAAAUCCCAACAUCGACCCCUACGACUCUUAUGAUCCUUCUGUUCUAAGAGGUGCUUUUGUAGGCCAUACUGAUGCAGUGUGGGGUCUGGUUUACAGUGGCACACACCAGCGUUUGCUGUCCUGUUCUGCAGACGGCACUGUACGUUUGUGGAAAGCUACAGAAGUUGCUCCAGCUCUCAACGUAUUUAAUGAUAAUCAGGAAAUGGGAAUCCCUUCCUCAGUAGAUCUUGUGAGCAGUGACCCAAGCCUCAUGGUAGCAUCAUUUAACACUGGACACACUAGCAUUUUUAACAUGGAGACACGGCAACGGAUUCUUACCCUGGAGUCUGGAGUAGAUAAUGCGGUCAGUACUUCCUGUCAGAUAAACAGAGUCAUCAGCCAUCCGACUCUUCCAAUUAGUAUCACUGCUCAUGAAGACAGGCACAUCAAAUUCUAUGACAACAAUACAGGGAAACUGAUCCACUCCAUGGUAGCUCACUUAGAUGCAGUUACAAGUUUAGCUGUCGAUCCUAAUGGCUUGUACUUGAUGUCUGGCAGUCAUGACUGUUCAAUUCGCUUAUGGAAUCUUGAAAGCAAGACCUGCAUCCAAGAGUUCACUGCUCAUCGCAAAAAAUUUGAUGAGUCCAUUCAUGAUGUGGCAUUCCACCCAUCCAAAUGUUAUAUUGCCAGUGCAGGAGCAGAUGCCCUGGCAAAAGUGUUUGUAUGACAGAGUGUGUCCCUUUCCAACUUUAGCUUUGUAUAUAUUUAACCAGCUGCACAAAAGAGAAGAGAAGGGCGUGAGUCUCCUGCCCAAUCAGAGAAUGUUUGUAAGUGUUUAGUUUUUGCAGGGUGCUGUUUUCUAAAUUGAAAUUUGUUCUGGUUUCUGUGAGCUCAGCUGGUGCUGAGAGCUUGGAAACUCUCAGUUUCAACUACUUUCAAAAAAGGGAAAAAAAAAAAAAAAAAAAAAAAAAAAAAAAAAAAAUAA